AUGCGGCACUUUACCGGGGUACUGCGCAAGGCCGCCUCGGCCACGCCGCCGUCGCUCCCUCCACCGCCGCGAUUGCUGGUCUUGACAAUGAUCCCCAACGGCGGCGCGCUUAGCCCCGCUCUCCGCAUGCUCGGUUAUCACCCCUACACCUUUGAGGAUAGCGUACGCAAGGGCCGCCUGCUGACUCAUCCGCAGGAAUGGAUGGCGGUCCUGCGUGGGGAGAAGAAGUUCGACUUUGAGGUGCUCAAGGUUCCUCAGCAUACAUCAUCCACGGAGUCGGUGCCGUCGUCGUCGGGUGACCCUUCUGCGUCAAGGACGCCAGAGUCUGCGACGGCUAGCACGACGCCGUCUGCGUCUCCACGGGCUCCCCUCUUCUUUGACUCGUUCGUCGGCCCGCCCGCCACCGUCGCCUUCGAGUCCAUCCUCAAGGAGUGCCCGCGCAGCACGCGCGUCAUUCUUGUGGAGGAGCCGGACAAGCUGGCGUGGGAGAAAGACAUGGAACAGUGGCUCCAGCCGCUGGUGCGGGAGUGCAAGAAGAGCGCGAUGUGGUGGAACGCGUCGAAGCUGCACAUGAUGCUGCUUGACAUGGUCGACCUGCGCCGCGCCCUCAUCAGCCCCAGCAACCAGCGGGGUGGCCGCGCACGCCCGUCGCCGUCCUCGUUCGCUGCCAUGACGGCGCAGAACGUGCCCAUCUCGAAGCAGCACACGACGCUUCGCCUCUCUGGGGCCCUCGACUUGUUCGAGCAACACGUGAAGGAGGUGGUCCCGCGCGACCGGCUGCUGGUGUACAGGGUGCGCGAUGGGUGGCAGCCGUUGUGUGACUUUUUGCAGGUACCAGUGCCGAUGACAUCGGCAACGGCAGGCGGUGCUCCAGCGGAGCCGGUGCCGUUUCCGCCCAAUUCCACUGGUAGUGACAUUCUCCUCUUCGUUCAUCAGGGCUUUAAGAAGAGCACGGCUGUGGUGUCGCUUCUCUUCCUGGCUGUGGUGGCACUCGCGCUGCUGCUGCUCAGCUCCUUCACCGAGGAGUACAGGCAGUUUUACUGUGACUACCGCGACUACGUCCACCGCGACUUGGAACCGUACAUGGACGCGGAGAAGGUUCGUAAAGACGACGAGUCUGCCUUGACAAUACGCCAGGCGCUGGUCAUGGCGAAGAAGUCGUCGAAGCGGUUUGGUGAAGAGUACGAGAAGGAGGGUGGUGCCAUGGGAUCCAUGGCCGGCUUGAUGGAACGCAUCGUCGGAUCCAAGUAA